AUGUUCAGACUCCGAUCGAACUCUAACCAGCACAACUGCGAGCCUCUGACUGCAAGUCCAUCUCACUCUCGAAUCCCCGCCAUGGACGACGCAACUUUUGAAACUGUCUAUGAUCCAGCUAGUCAAGAUACGCAGCAUAGUAAUCAACUAAAGACCUUCAAACCUCCGAAACGGGUUCAGCGGCCCAAAACUUGCGUGGAAGGCAUCUUGCUUUACUUCAAGCUCAUGUACAAACGGCGAAACAUGGUCAGAAUGCCAGCCAUCUCGACGGAGUCUUUCCCUCUCUUCCUGAACAGUGUGCUUGCCUGUCUCUUUUACAUCAUCACAUUCAGGAGAUCUGCUUGGUAUCGCUUGUCCGCGGAGUUUUUACAACAACGCGUUGAGGCAACUUUUCCUCUUCUGAAAGUGGCGGUUCAGUCUGCGGCUCAGUCUGGGGACUUUUCGGCAGAAUCAAUGAAGUAUCAAAUGUCGCAAUUGGGAACGCGCUCAAGUGAAGAAUACUACGUCGACGAAUGGAACGCCAUUGAAUUUACGUCUUUGGACGAUCAUUGGACCCACUUCCUUCCUCAGUUCAACAUUUCAGGUCCGCGGGAUGUUCUGAGUUAUGCAGGUGUUAUGCUUGUGAUGGUUUCUCUAAUAUUCUCCACCAUUCUGGAAGUAAGGCCACCCCUUGGAGUGUGCAUCUUCGCCACGGGUAUGAACUACCUCAUGACCUCGGUUGCAUACGUGGAGAAGUUUGGUGAUCUCCAUUAUUGGACCUACCAGGGCUUCGAGUGGGUAAACGCGUUAAGUCCUAGACCGAGCGUUGGCAUAUGGUGGGAAAUUGAGUUGAUGGUGAUGCCCUCGGUGUGGCACGCAAGUCACUAUAUGCUAUUAUUCUUGCUCCUCCUCUCCUUCAAAUUCUUCAGAUUCGUAUCAGAAAGUCAUGUGUGGUACUAUGUAGCGGGGUUGCUUUACGUCUUUGGAAUGGCGCAUUCACAAAAAUCUGGCUUGCUUCGCCAUAAGUGCAGCGCCAGUGCCAUGUCUAUUACCCCACUCACACGCGCGACCUUCAUCGCUGCCAACCAUGUUCAAGUCGCACUCUCCCAGAAGACCAUGUACGAACUAGUCGAGGGCGAAGAAGGAGUUAAAGAGGUGCCUAUACCAGAGAGCUUCAAGAAGUCCGGUAUCCCACAAGGAUAUACUGUUGAUCCAGCAACGGUGGUGGCCUCCCUUGCCAAGUCUGGCAUUACCACAGAGGAGCAGUUACCUGAUGGCUUGCUCGAGGGAUUUAAAGAUGUCAUCAAUGCAUCUACCAAUCUGAAUAUCAUACCAACAUCCAAAAGAGCUAUUGAGGAUGCUUCACUCGCCAAAGACGAUGCCGAAGAGAAAUAG